GGCAGCGCGACAGGAGCAGGUCGAGUUGAACGUAAACAAACUCAAACAUCGUUUAACGCGUUGGAAUCUACGAUAGAUGACGCGUGCUCGGGCUCAGCUGCGACCCUCGGACUCUGUGCACUUGGAUUAAAUCGCCUGGUUUCUAUAAAGUCGGAUUUUAAACGCGGUUAACGCAGCUUGUUGUACCGUGUGUUAGCUUAACAGCAGCUAACAGCAGCUAGCAGCAGCUCCAUGGAUCUGACGGAGGAUUUGUCUGCUCGGGUCCUGCUGAGGAACAUCCUCAGCUCCGAGACCCCCAGGACCCCCAUCACCCGCAGUGCCGCCAAAGAAUUGAGCGCCAGUGAGACCCGGCGCAGCAGUAGACUGAGCAGGAGAGAUGCUGGAGCCCAGACCCCACAGGACAUCCUGAGGCGCAGCUUGAAACAUAACAUGCGUGAGAGUAUAACCAGGAAGUCCUUGCCCACCACUACAAGGAGGACUGCCUCUGCCGGGCCCCGGAAGAUGCACACUCCAGCCCCGACCUCAAUGCUGUUUGAUGAGGGAGACACACCGAGGCACAUGCUCAGGAACAUCCUGCUGACGGAGCCGGUGAGGUCCCCGGUGGUUCAUGAAAUAGCUGCGUCAGAAGAGCCACAGCUGCCUUCAGCCGACUCCAGCAUGACCAGCAAGCGUCCCAGUAUUGAGCUCUCCGGGCUGGAUCUUCCUGAUUUAACUUUUGGCAACGCGGCAAGCGUCGCAAAGGGGCUGAGCAGAAAGAGGCCCCACCGAAGCCUUAAUGUUACAGCUUUUGAAAAACGACUUAAAGGCACAAGUGAUGUUGGAGAAGAAAGUGAAGCUUCAAUAUGUGAUCAUUCAUCCCUUUCCUUAACAAGCUCCACUUCUUUGGGUUUGAAAACCCCCUUCGUGGACAUGCGGUCUGAGAGAAGGGGUCUGCAGAGGAGACUGGCCAACCGUAGACAAAUCACAGAAGAAGAGUUUGGUGCUGGUGUAAACAAAUGGCACAUGGGAGGCGAUCAUGACCAACCACAGGAUCCGAAUAUGACCACCUACUCUGAGGGCUUCAACCUGGGCCUAAGUAUUGUCAGUGAACCUGAUAUCUCAACAGAUAUCGUCAACUGUAACACAGCCCUCUACACAGAACCAAAUUCCAUGACUUCCAGCUUGUCCAUCGUUGCAACACAGGACAAAGGGGAGACGAGAGACAUGGACCCAACCGAGGGAGGGGGUACAGCUGAACCUCAGAGUGAAGAAGGUGUUUCUGAGGAUCAGUCAGAGAAAGAUGUGGGUACAGCUGAAGAGGUGGAGAUGAAGAGUUCAUCUGAAGUUAAACACUCUGAGGAAGAGGAGAACAGAGGUGAAGCUCAAACAGAGGAGGAAGGGGCAACUGAUUCUCAAACCGAAGGGAAUGCUGCAAGCAGGUCUCAUUCUGAGGAAGAGGAGGUUGCACCUGACUCUCAAAUUGAGGAAGAAGAAGAUGUAGUGGAUUCUCAGCCUGAAGAGGAUGUUGCAGCCAUGUCUGAGGAAGAGGAAGAGGAGGUUGCACCUGAGUCUCAAACUGAGGAAGAAGAUGUAGUGGAUUCUCAGCCUGAAGAGGAUGUUGCAGCCAUGUCUGAGGAAGAGGAGGUUGCACCUGAGUCUCAAACUGAGGAAGAAGAAGGUGCCGUUGAUUCUCAGUCUGAGGAGGUUGUUGAAGCCGGGUCUCAGUCGGAGGCAGCGGGUGAUGAAGAGGAAUAUCAAGGUGACCAAGAAGAACCUGCAGCCAAUUCUCAAUCUGAGGAAGUCAAGUCUGUGGUUGAAGAUGAGCAAGAGGAGGGGGAGGAAGGUGAGCAGGCCUCAGACCUGCUGGAGCACAUCAGUCGAAGGGCUCAGCGCUCGCAGGGUGGCCUCAUUAUGCUGGUUGCAGGAGCAGGGGGAGAUUUGCCACAUGCAACAGAAGAAGGAUGGAGUGAGGGCAAAGCGCACGCUGCUAUAGAGCCGAGCGAGAGCAGCCAGCCUCUUUCUGAGAUGCCUGACGUGGCUGAGUCUUCAACCCAAGGAGAAAAUGACGAUUCUCAGUCAGAUACAGAGUAUGAGGCUGAUAAAGAAAACCCUCCUCUUCCUCUGGAGUUGACGAAUGAUAUCGUAGAUGACGACCACCUGAGUGUCGCUGAAUCUGAAGAAGAGGUCGCUGCUUUGGACCCUGCUGAACAGGAGGAAGAGUGGGAGGAUGAUGAUGUGGAAGAGAAUGAGGACUUCAGGUGCGAGGCCCCAGCCUUUGUGAAAGAGAAAAGGACCUUUUUCCCUCUGGACCGUCAGGCCUCAACUUCUGUUCUGAAGAAUAUUCAAACAAGCUCCACCAGUGGUACAAGUGAAGCUUUACCAGCAGCUAAACCAAAGCAGGUGCCGCGGAAGCAGAGAGCCCCGGCCAAGAAAAAUACAACCCUCCCUAAGAGCUACCUGAUGAGCGCAUUCAGACACUUUGCAAAAGCAAAGGUCUCUGCAGAUGUAUACCCAGUCCUGGAUGAAGUAAUGGAUAAAUUCUUUGAGCGGCUGGCGGACGACCUGGAGACGUAUGCAGGUCAUGCAAAGAGAAAAACCAUAGAGGUCGAGGAUGUUGUGCUGCUGCUGAAAAGGCAGGGUCAUGUGAAUGACAAGGUGCCGGUGGAAGUGCUCAUUGAGAAAUAUCUUCGCAUGGAGCAGCGCAAGCUCUUGAUCCCCAUCGCGACGAGUGGAAAUGUUGUCAUCCCUAAAAAACAGAUUUGAAUAUUUCAUGUACAGCCUCAUGCUUUUUAUUUGGUUUCAUCUCCGGUAUCUUCACAUUAUUCUUACAUGCAUUUUUUUGCAAUGCUGUUGUUUUGAAUGUUACGUUUUGUAUAGAUUUGUACAUAUUUGUUAAUAUAUUCAAAACUAACAAUUAAAUUGUUUGUGAUGAUUAUAACUUUUUCUGUCUGGGCUUUUUCUGUAAUGACAUAAUGUGAGUUUUGAUUAUUUUGGUGGUAUCGAUGAAUUUGUCACUUUUCUUAAUUUAUCUCUUUAUGCACAUGAUUUCUUGUCUGACAGCAUAAAAGAAAAACAGGCUACACAGUCUUUGAAAAUGAAUAAAUAUUGAAAUAAAG